UUCAUCUCCGGGACCGGGGAAGCGCGCAGGAGGUGGUCUCAGUGAUGGAGCAGUAUGCAGAGGCGUCUGGUUCCAAGGUCAAUCAAGACAAAUGUGAAGUUCUCUGGACGGGUAGGGAAGGUGCGAGCUUCUCACUUCCGGACACCUUCCCAGUGCCUCAGCAAAAUGUGAAAAUUUUAGGCAUCAAUUUCGGCCCGGGCUGAUUACGGCAAGUUAAAUUGGGAGGCCAAACUGUCUGAUGCUGAGGUCAAGGUGAGAUGCUGGAAGGGGUGGCAGCUCUCCUUAAGGGAAAGGGUUGACCUGAUCAAGACUUUACUGGUCCCUGCGUUUUUGUAUAUCAGUUUUGUCUGCCUCUUGCCAGAGUCGCUCUAUGCAAGGAUUUACAGCUGUUUCUUCCAGAUGUUAUGGGGGAACAGGCUGAACCUUGGCAGGCGAGAUGUAACUUACUUAUCCAGGCGGGGGAGUGGCCUAGGUAUGGUCAACCCGAUAGUGUUUUUCUCUCUGAUGUUCUUCAAACAUAAUCUUGGUAAUGUGCUGGCAGAGAGACCGCCUGCAUGGGUAGGGCUGUUCCAGAUCUGGUUUAGGCCCUUUUUGAGCAGUUGGGAGAGUGGUGGGCCAGUGAGAAGCCUGCGGGUCAAGCAUGGAAACUCCUGGGUGAGAGGAUUGUGGCAACUGCUUUCCAUGCGCCGUUGGCCUUGAAGGAUUGCCCAGGCCAUAUUAUGAGGGAGGGUUUGCGUUUA